CCACUUAAAAAACAGCAAUCGCCUUAGUCACGAACGCCGUGAGCCGAUUUUUGGCUAAUAGCGCGCCCAUUGAGCGCAGCCCACCCAAUUACCCCAAGUGGAUGAGCACAGCGAAAUUUACUCGUAUUUACUUGGAUUAGUAUGCGGUGGUUGCAAAUCACUUGCAACCAAUAAAUCCAGCAAAACGGCGAACCAAAGCGAAUUUUCACACACCCAAACGCACCCACGCCUCUCAUUCAGCGUGCGGUCACCCACAGUUGUAACAAAAGUAAACAAAUUAACAAAAACAAUACAAAAAACCAAAUACGCACAGAAAAGUUGCAGCAGCCGAAGAAGCAGACUCAUUUUCAUUAUGAUCGUAGUAACAAUAUGCACCAGCGCCUCAGCAGCGCCCACAACAACUAUCAAUAGUCCCGCCAAUAAUACACAAGCCACACACGCACAAACAGUGACGGCAACAAGAAAAGCCAGCACGAGCGCAAAGAACAAGGCGGUGGGUGUGACGUUAACACAAAACACGAUAGAUGUGAGCAGCGGUGUAGUCUACACGAUGGCGCAAACAGCCAACGAGGGCUCGCGAAAACGGAAACGACACAGCAAACGUCACAGUAAUUGGAAUAUAGACACGUCCAAAGAUCUGCCAUGGGUGAAUCCUUGCGGUGGUUUCUAUGUGCCGUCGGCGACACAAAGUGGCAGUGCCAUGCGACGGAAGAACACAACAAAACAGAUUUUCAACAUGCUGAAAAAGUCGGCAGGCACCGAGUACAAGAAGUUGAAAGCCGGUCAACAAGAUAUUGAUAUAAGCAAUAUACAUAUUUGGUCGCUGCACAAUAAGACUUAUAAAUUUUUGCCCAAAUUGAAGCUCAACUCAACGAUCGCACUCAAACGGUGGUACCGAAACAUGCAAUCCUUUGUGGGUUCAUUCGCUUAUUUGCGCAGCAUACAGCGCGCCUGGGAUAUGGCCAAAUUGCAACGUGAAAAUAGCACAGGACGCGAACUGCGACGAUUAUUUAUCAGCGCACGCAACAUGUUGUGUGAAUUGGAGACGGCCAUCAAUGGCACAAUGCCCGCGCCGCGUAUGUUACGCGGCAGCGCGCUACCGCAAGUGACAAGCGAGCAAAUGAAUAAGCGCAUAAAGCUCUACACGAAGCGGCGCGUCGAAAGCAAUCCGCAUAUUGUGCAGGAGGCGAACACAAUCGAUCUAAUGUUCGUGAAAUAUUAUUACUACGAAUUUUUGAAGACCAUGUGGAAGGUGCUGCGCCAACAAACAAAGCGACGCGGUCAAAUUGCGCUGAUGGCCAAUCCAAAGGCGUUCAAUGAGGUCGAAAAGCACUUUGGCAGCAUUAGCAAAAACAAGCGUGUCAAGGGUCAGUUAGCGGCGCUAAAAACGGCGACAACGUCAGCGGAGCGCAGUGAUAGUGGUAGCAGCAGAGGCGCGGCAAAUAGGCGCAAAAGCUCGAAUGGUAGUGUAGUUGGUAGCAGAAGACGUUUAGCGCAUGCGCGCAACACGCGGUGAGCCGGUGUGUGUGUGAACAACAAAAGGUUAUACGAUUUACAGAUUUUAAUUUCAUAUAUGCAUAUAUGUACAUAGUUGCUAGUUGCAUAUAUGAAAGUAUCAUUUUGAGUCUCAAGCAAUUUUCGCUUUAAAUGCUUAAAUGCAUACAUACGCACGUCUAAACAUGCCAGGUCAAAGCAUUGCCUUCCAAAUAUAUAUAGCAAUACUAUAUUAUUGAGUUUAUUAGUAUUAGAAAAAAUGUGUAUAAGAAUUUAGCUACUUCUUUAGCGUACAGUGACUGCAUUCCAGUAAUGUUAAUAAGACAAAUCCACACAAAAAGUAUCAAAAAUAUUUUAGCAACGCGUUUGCUUCAGCAAUGGCAAACAAGUAUUAAGUAGUAUUGCACCAAUACGCUACAACAAAAACAAAGCACUUUGUAUUUAAUUAUAAAUUAUUUGCAUGCGAAACUAAACCAAUAACGACAAAAACAACAACAACUACGUAAUAUAAGCAAAAAUCUCGCCAGUUCCAUACAAACAUACAAGCAUAUUUAUUUAUUACACUACAUACCGUUUCAUAUAGAACGCGCAGCGCAAGCUGCGAUUGUUGUUUUUACAAUUGCACAAGUUCAAGUUCAAUGUGCGGAACAACAAAAGCAACAACAUGAAAAAUCAAAAGGCAAUUUCCAUUAAAUUACUUGUCAAAUGCGCGGCUGCCUUCAAUUUUCAAUUUCAUUUUCAUUUUUCACUUUCGGUUUCAUAUGCAUAACAACAACGAUAACAACAACAAUGAAAAAGUAAACAAACACAAAUUGAUAGUUGUAGUAUUUCUAGUCAACACAUCGCACCGUCUCAAUUACUUUGAUAACUGAGCGAGCACACACCCACAACCAUAAUUAACAGCACCAACAGGCAUAUACAUACAUACAUACACACAUACAUACACCGUAAUAUGCACAAAUAAGCUCAUAUUAAAUUCAACAUACAUAUAGACUGGCUAUAUUAACAUUCAAGUGGCGCAAGCUGCUUGACUGGUUCCUAUUCGUUCACACUUAUUAUUAUUAUUAUUUUUAUUCUAAAUGCUUGUUUAUAUCAGAAAAUGCAUGCAGAAAUCGCAAAUUCAUAAACACACAUAUACAUACUAUAUAUGUAUACAUGUAUAAUCUUAAGAAGCUUUAGAAGCACGUGAGCAGAGGCGCGGCAUGUAAGCGCCCAUAGUGAGAUAAAAGCCACGCCAGCAGAGGCAGCGGCAAGUGUUAUAACUGCAUUUAAUGAGUCAAAUGCCGGACAAUUAAUUUCAAUUACAAAAUUAUCAAAUCGAAAAGCGAGAAUAUACAGUUAUUAAAACAAUUCGGCGGUGUUAUUUAGAUAAAAGUCAUGAAAAUUUGUUUGGAAAUGGUAAAUUUUGACGCUGUUUAAAAUAGGAACGGACAUGUUCACAACUUUUACUUAAAAUUUUAAUAAAAACAUAUUGAAAAUUAAUCUUUUAUCACUCCGUACAAAAAAUUAAAGCAAAUUUUUUAUAACUUUUUUAAGCUUUUACGAAAAUAAAUCUUGAAAAUUGCGUUACGCGCCUCUGCUCAUAAGCUUAAUACGUAUCGUCACCUAAAAUGCAAAAUAACGUAACAACACUUUUCAUAAGUUCACAGACGAAAGAAAAACGUUAAAAUCGGAACCACUUGUAUUGAAAUAAAAUUUUAGUUUUCGUUAUAAAGUGGUUAUAUAACGGUUAUAUAUUGGUUAACAUUCACUCAUAUUGAAACGAAAUUUGAGUUUUUGUUACAAAAUGGGUACAUCUUGGGCUAUUAUAACUGACAGCCAUUUUCGAUUUUUUUUUGAUGAAACGUUGUUUUGCAUUUUAAAUGAUGAUAUAUGUAUACAUAUGUACUAUAUGUUUCCAUAUCCAUAUGCAUUCUCAUGAUUACUCAAUACAUUACGAGUUUAUUUCGAAAACUAAUUAUCAAAGACUAGGCACAGAAACUCUCACAACUCUCUCUCUCUCCUUACAUUAAUUCUCACUCUAUUUCUUAAUUUAUUAUCUUUAUUCUAUGUCAGUGUGUACAAUUAGCACCUAAGCCACGAAUAUCUAAAGACAAAAUGUGUAAAUGACUUGCAUUUCUUAAUCUAAUCUAAAUCAUUGAGUGUAAACAUUCGAUAAAUAUUUAUACAUUCAUAGAAACAUGUAUUUAUUAUUGCAAUAAGAAAGAGCAAAAAACACCAAGACAUAAAGAAUUAUAUUAAAAAAAUAAGAGAUAAACUUCAUUCAGUCAAGUGCUCAUUUGCAUUUGCUUUUGCGCUGUGAUAUUGUAUAUGUAAAAAAACGUUAAACCGAAUCAAAUUAAUUUAAAUUAAAGACCCAGCUAACUUGCGAAGUAGGUCUAUACUUAAAAAAUAGUAUUAUAUUUAGUAUUGUUAAGCAAAACUGAAAAAACCCACAACUUUUGUAUGAGUACUUAGGUCGCUAAGUGUAAAAUUUUAUUCUAAGUAUUUUUUUAAAUUUAUAAUUAUC